CGCAAUUUCCUUGCGAGCGUAAACCUUUAUCAAAUCUUCGACUCGCUUUUUCAAGACCUUGCACCCUCUCCGAUCAAGCAAUGGCGCCCACAAAGGCCGAUAAGAAGCCGGCGGAGAAGAAGCCGGUGGCGGAGAAAGCUCCGGCGGAGAAGAAGCCCAGAGCGGAGAAGAAGCUCUCAAAGGAAGGCGGUGGGGGCGACAUGAAGAAGAAGAAGAAGACGAAGAGGAGCACCGAGACGUACAAGAUCUACAUCUUCAAGGUGCUGAAGCAGGUGCACCCGGACAUCGGGAUCUCCAGCAAGGCGAUGGGCAUUAUGAACAGCUUCAUCAACGACAUCUUCGAGAAGCUCGGCCAGGAGUCCUCCAGGCUCGCGCGCUACAACAAGAAGCCCACCAUUACCUCCCGGGAGAUCCAGACCGCCGUCCGCUUGGUGCUUCCCGGUGAGCUCGCCAAGCACGCCGUGUCCGAGGGCACCAAGGCCGUCACCAAGUUUACGAGCUCCUGAAACUCUCCUGGCUUAUAGGCGUAGGCUUUGUUUAAAUUAGCGGAAUUUGUUUGUUCUGAGAGCGAUAUAUAUGGAAUGAUCAGUAUAUUUUGUUGCUUGAAUGGUA